GCGCUGCUUGACUAGCAAUCAAACAGAGAAGCUCAGUCUAAAUGAAAAUCAGUUUGUGAGGAUUAGCAAAAGUUUUGUCUAACUUAAAAGAAAAUGUCGUUUCUCUCCAAAGCUUUGAAAAUGGAUUGCAAACAGGUGAUUGAAGCUCAAAGGAACUGUAUUUAUAGUGUUGUUUUUGGCCAUAAGUUUCACCAGCUGCCCAAACUUUCAGGCAGCACUUCCUUGAAGAUGCAAAAUAAUGCAGCUGCAGCAACAGAGGACAAAGAAGAGGAGAUGGUGGAAACUUCAGAGGAAGCCAUGGGACUUCUCAAACCCAGCCAGCAUCCAAGCCACCGAAGAGUAAAAAGUCUGAAAGAAAUGCCAGGACCCAAGACUUUCUCUAAUCUCAUGGAAUUUUUCUGUAAGGAUGGUUUUGCCCGCAUUCAUGAAAUCCAGCAGAAACAUGUACAGGAAUAUGGAAAAAUUUUCAAGUCUCACUUUGGUCCCAAACUAGUUGUGUCCAUUGCAGAUAAAGACAUGGUGGCUCAGGUUCUACGGGAAGAAGGUUGCAUGCCACAAAGAGCUGACAUGGAUUCCUGGCAGGAAUACAGAGCUUUACGGGCACGAGCUACAGGACUUAUAUCGGCAGAAGGGGAACAAUGGCUAAAAAUGAGACGUGUACUAAGACAAAAGAUGGUAAAGCCCAGUGAUGUUGCAAUUUUCUCCAGAGGAAUUAAUGAAGUUAUUUCAGAUUUAAUUAAGAGAAUCCGUAUUCUUAGAAAUGAAGAAGAAGAUGGGGAAACUGUGACAGACAUUAAUAGUCUUUUUUUCAAAUAUUCAAUGGAAGGAGUUGCAACUGUUUUGUAUGAGUGUCGAUUGGGUUGCCUGGAAAAUCACAUUCCCAAGAAUACACUGGAAUAUAUUGAAGCAUUGGAGUUGAUGUUUAGCAGUUUCAAAUCUACUAUGUAUGCAGGAGCUAUUCCCAAGUGGCUUCGUCCAAUUAUUCCAAAGCCUUGGAGAGAAUUCUGUAAAUCGUGGGAUGGACUCUUUAAAUUUAGUCAAAUUCAUGUUGACAAUAAAAUAAAUGAAAUAAAGUCCCUUUUAGAUCAAGGAAAAAAGAUAGAAGGUGGAUUACUCACAACUCUACUUAGGAGAAAAGAGCUUACAAUAGAAGAAAUUUAUGCCAAUAUGACUGAAAUGCUUUUGGCAGGUGUUGACACAACUUCAUUCACUUUAUCCUGGGCAACAUAUCUUUUAGCAAAGCAUCCAGAAGUGCAGGAUUCAAUCUAUAAAGAGAUAGUUCAUAAUUUGGGAAAAGAUAAAGUUCCUGAUGCACACCAUAUUCCCAACUUGCCAAUGACUAGAGCUCUUCUCAAAGAAACCUUAAGAUUAUUUCCAGUAUUACCAGGAAAUGGCAGAGUUACACAGAAAGAUAUGAUUGUUGGAGGCUACUUGAUACCUAAAGGGACACAAUUGGCACUCUGUCAUUAUGCUACUUCAUAUCAGGAAGAGAAUUUUGCCUCAGCAAAGGAGUUCCAACCUGAACGCUGGCUAAGGAAAAACAAUAUGGAUAGGGUAGAUAAUUUUGGAUCCAUCCCUUUUGGUUAUGGUAUUCGAAGUUGCAUAGGCAAGCGAAUUGCUGAAUUGGAAAUUCAUCUUGCACUAAUACAGCUACUUCAGCACUUUGAAAUAAAAAGAUCUCCAAAAACUAAAUCAGUUUUUGCCAAAACUCAUGGAUUAUUGACGCCUGCAGAUCCCAUCAAUGUGAAAUUUGCUGACAGGAAAUGAAAGCAGUAAUUUUAAGAAGAUCUCCAGUUUUAGCUUUGAUGCAAAGUUCUUGAAGAUUCUCUUAGCCAUUAUGGGAUUUUCCUUCUAAGCUUUAGAUGCUUUCACAGAAGCAUAUCUGUUUCCUGAAAAGUAUUAUGCAUAACACAAAAUUUUAUAUAAGUAUCAAAAUAAUCCUUUUAUAUGCUCAGAAUUUUGUUUAUCUCUGAGAGAUACAGUAAAGGCAACUAAUGCAUCAAUUCACCAUCCAGCAUUUGGGCUGUGCAUGUUUCAAAAAUUAUUUGGAAGAAGUAUCUUGGACCUCCAAGAGUACCUCUCUGUUAUUCAUUAAAGCUUGAAAAAGGAGGGUCUGCUUUAAUGAACAGAAGUGGGAUGUUGUUAAAUUCACACCAAUUAUUGUUUUUGUAGAGCUCAUACAUAGCCUUGUUAGACUCCUUAAGCAGUGUUCAUUGUAUUGCUUUUCUAGGAAACUCUUUACAAGAAUCAACACAUUCAUUUUAGUAGCCUCAAAUAUAUUCAAGUUAGUUACCCAUCAUUAAAUCCUUCUCCUCAAUUUAAAAAUCCCCCUGUUAAAAUAAGAGUUAAUGGUUUAUCUAUACAUGGUUAAAUGGUAAGCAAUUUACAUUUUAGAAUAGCUUCAGUUAUUACAUACCUCAUGUAAAACCUCGAAAACAAGAACAUUCCUUUAUCCAAUGGAAUAUAUAGUAUUUACCAUUUUUUUGCAUCUUUUCUUCAGUGUAGUCUCAGAAAUUCUGUCUUGACUAUGCUUUCUUUCCAAAUAUAAAGACAUUUUAAAGAAAAUUCUGAAAUCUAAGCUUGUGCCUAUUCAGAAGGCUGAUCUUUAUUCCCCGAAAAGCUUUGGAAAUAACACAUAAUUUUGUAGACUUAAAUCAGUGAGCAAUAGAAAUGAUAAAAGAAUCAAUUUUUAUAUUUGUCCAUUGACUGAAAAUACAAAUGUUUUUUUAAAAUUUACUUUUCUUUUUAAAAUAAAAAUUGACGUUAGUAUCCUUGCAUUCUUUUUCUAAUUGCUUGCUUUUAUAUGUUACUCUUUGUGGGGGCUACUGCCCUCUCUAGGAUAGACAGAUAAUGACAUAGUUUUUGCAUAUUCAAAAGACAGACACUUUCUAAUUGUUUGCACAAUUUAUAUAGCUAGUAAUUACCAGAGGGUUGUAUGUGAGUGAUUUUAUUGUGAUAAGACAGAUUUCAGCAAGAUGAUAUUUAUAUAGUAAGUUUCAUUAAAUUAAACAUCUUGUACUAAACCAUUUUAUGCCUUUUAACAAAACAUUUUGCUAUCAAAAUGGAGCACACCUAUUUAAUGACACAUUGAUUACAGUAUAGAUUUAAUAGGUAAAGGUUAUUUAGUUCAAAAUAUUUAUAUUACUAAUUUUGGACACACUUGAUAUUAUUUUAUCUGUUAUCACUAAUCUCAGCUUUGUACUUAUUUUUCAAAUGUAUAAGAAUAUGCCCAGCUUUCUCUUUAUAUCACUGAAUGGUUUCCAGAGAGACAGAAUGGGACAAUUGGUGUCAGCCAAAUUACCAUGCCCACUUCUUUGCAGGCCCGUCCACCACAGCCAACCCAUCGCCGAAAUUUAUGUUUAGCAGGCCGUCUUCUCCUAGUUAAGUCACAGAGGUGUUUCUUACCGGGUGUUUCGCUGCACAAGACACUUAAAUGAGCCUCCCAGGGCCAGACUGGGAGGUAGGAGAGUCCCGUGUAGUGAAAUGCCUGGGAAGAAUCAUCCCUCAGUGAUUCAGCUGGGAGAAGGAGCCGGAGAAGGACUGGCAGAAGACUAUUGCUGGGAAGGAGUGCCAGCAGAGAGUUCACUGAACAUAAAUGCUGGUGGUGGGUUGGCUGCAGUGGGGCCCCAUGGAGAAGUGGGCAUGGUAAUCUGGCUGAUGCCAAUUGUCCUAGACCCAAGAGAGAGGAGUGCAACAAAAAAUUUACUUAGCUUCACUAUAUAAACUUGCUUUCAGCAGAUUCUUUGCUUGAGGAACGAAAGAACAAGUUCUGAUCUCAGUUUGGAUAUCAUACGGACCUGAAUUUAGGCUUUUGUAUUAGCUUUUUUAAGACUGUAAUAUUUACUGGUAAAAUUGUAAGUUUACUGGUAUUUUGAAAAUUAACUCGUAUUAUGUAAGCGUUUCAG